AACACCGGCUUAAAAAUGUGUAAUAAUUUAACUGGCCUUCCUUAUUAACAAAAAAGGGCAAUAACAGUCUUGAAAUUAAAUACGGCGGCAAUUUAAACAGCGUUUAGAAAUUUUGAAAGGAUUUUAAACAAUGCCUGGAGGUUGCGGUUUAACAGAAGAAUUAAGACAAGUAGCAGCUAGUGUGAAUCGUUAUACAUCUGCUGUAAGGUAUUGUUUUACAGCAAAAAGAACAUUACUGAAAUAUUAAACGAUCUGGUAGGUUUAAAAGCGUGACUGACAGACAUAGACGCCAAUUAUUUAAAUUAAUAACAAACAUGUCAUCAAGAGUAGUUGCAGCUGCUCUACUAACCAAAGUAUUGUACGGGACUGGAGGACCCUAAAUAAUAAACUGUAAACCUCCCUAAAAAUUAGCUAUUAACAAUAGCACCAAUUAGCUAGACUUUAAUUAAUGGGCAAAAGAAAAAAGAAUCUCCCUAAUAUCAGUGGCGUCAAAUAGUGUUUGCAGAUGACCCGUAAUGGCCGGCAUGACGGAGGAUUUACUAGAUUACUUGUGUUAGGUAGGGAGUCAUGUUCUUCAAUAAGAUUAGAACUAAUGUACGUGGAUAAAACCACCGAUCAGUGGUAUUCGCGCUACCAACUCACGUAUCUAACACUUAACAAGGGACCGUGUAUUAGGAGGAUCGACUCUAAUAAAUUUUGGUGGUUUAAAGUUGAGGGGUUGGGUAGAUAUACAGGGGUGUCUGUUUGUUUUAGUUAUGGCAACGCAACACAGGUGAUCUGCCUAGGGGGAUGCCUUCCGGGAAGACUUUUUAAGGGAAACUGGCCCCCUAUUUAGGUAUUACAGACGUGGAGAAAACCGGAAAACAACACGUGGCCAGCCCGUCCGAGCGAGGCGCGAACCCACGAUCGAACUCUCAGUGUUCAGGGUACGAGGACCGCUUGGCCACUGGUGGGCCUAUGGGGGUGUCACGUGUCGGACUUAAACGUGCAUCUCGUUCCUGGAAUUUUUAAUUAGGUAACAAGUUCUAUACACUAACACUUCAUCUAUUGUUUACGUAACAACUUUCUACUGCGGAUUAAUCGCGGAUUACUUUACCGAAUAGGGAAUUCGCCCGUUAUAAUUACAACACACGUAAAUGGGUGUAACUAUAUUACUCACGUGUUUUAAAAACAGGAAUGCGAUUUAUAACCGGGAACAAUGCUUCUUUUUAAUGAAUUUCGGUUUCUGUAUAAUGUUUUUAAAAAGUAUUAUUAAGCAUUAUUUUCACAUAAACUAGUCAUUAUUCUUCAAAUAUAGUUACGGUUGGUUGCGAAAAUUCUAUUGAUAUAAACACUUGUUAACUGUUCUUAAAUCUACAGUUGUGUAUAGUGUUAUACAUCUUAAAAUGUCGGGUGUAUACAGUAUUAUAUGUGUGUUAAAAGACUUGAAUUACGGAGGUUACAAGCUUCGCUAAUACACUAAAAUCUGUAGUUUGAAAUACAUAUGUACUGUACUUCUGUCUGCCAGCCUAACGUGUGUUACGUCACAUUUUACCUUGAAGGGGGAUAAACGUAUGACAAAUGGGUGAAAUUUCUGAUGUCACAGAAACACGUAUUACAACAUGGCGAUGGGUCAAAAAAGACCCCACAAGAUUUUUAUACUUUUGGAUUUAGGGAACAUUGAAACCUAUGGAAAACGUGGAGUUUUUUUUCCUACACAUGUCUGAGGGGCACCCCUUUGAAGUUUAAUAACUUCCUUACCUUUUAUCGAAAAUUUCUUAAAUUUUGCAUGCAGGUUUGCGUAUUAGGGGAAUCGAUGCAGUUAAAUUUUGGUAGUUAAAGCUUGAGGGGGUGGCGAGAUACGGAGAGUCGCGUCGUAUCUCGAGCGGGGUGGAACUUUUAAAGAUCUUCUUACUGGUUAAUAUUUUAAACAGUUUUGUUGGGAAAAUUACACAACUCGCUGCUGUAUUUUUUGGGUUGAUACAUAAGGAAAGACCAUUUUAAUUCGUUAGGCACGUUAACAUUAAAUACAGAAUAUAAUAUUUUGAUAAAAAUUGUAAUUUCGUAGUGGUAACUACUGAAGCGUGGAACCGUUUUGUCUUUGUCAUCGUUACUGCUGUAUUAUAUAAAUAUUAGAUAAUUGCGGGGUUGUAGAAGCUAUAUUGAUGGUAGCGUGCACGAAUAUACGGUGUUUUUACGUUACAUUCCACGUUGAAAAUGGCGAUGGGCUGCACGAAAGUCCUUAAUUGUUAAUUACUAAAACGUCACACAGCAUUAACGUGUUGUAUUUUUUCCUGUUACAUCUUCCGCUAAACGCCAUUUUAAACGUUUAAAAGGAGCGUAACGAGUGCGAUUUUACGUUAGCGAAAUGAGAUGGAGGCGUGGCGGCUGUACUCGGUGUUGGUCCUUUCUGCCCUGUUUUUCGUAAGCGAAUUAGUAGCCAGUCAAUUAUGCGAGAGUGUGAUCUUGCUAAUGGAUUCCUAUCACAUGCUGUACAAUUUUCUGUCGCUCGUUCUUCUGGUCGUGAGUCUCAGGGCUUCCAAAAAGAAAACCUCAAAGAAUACUUUCGGUUGGGCCAGGUUGGAGAUUCUGGGUAUUUUGGUGAAUCUGUUAUUCUUUGCCGCUUUGUGUUUCGCCGUGAUCAUCGAAGGCAUACAGGAAUUGAUACACCAGAAACAUUCAAUGGUCAAUUCGCGUUAUCCAUAUUUGGUACUGAUUUUCGGUUCUCUCAGGUUUAUUCUCAACAUAUUUGCUCUAGCGUUGAUAAAAGGCUACACCUGCCACCAGAACUCGCUCUUGAGGAUCCGAAGCGAAGAGGUUCUGAACGGAAAGCAAGAUGGUAACAAUCACAAAUUGAUCUAUACCAAACAAAAUGAUUGCGACAACAUCUUGAUGACCGAUAUCCUGCGCGACAAUUCGGGAUGCCUUUUGCUUCUUUGUUACGGACUUCUGGAUUAUUGUUUAAAUCGACGGGUCCCACCAUACGUCGACUUUGUUUUUAGUCUGUUAGCAAUCUCCAUCCUCUUCCUAACUUCGUAUCAGUUCGUUCAAGAAUCGAGCCUGAUCCUCUUGCAGACGAUCCCUCAACACCUGAACAUGGAAGCGCUAAAGAACCGUUUAAUUAAAGAGUUCCCAGCCAUUUUAAACAUUCACGACAUCCAUAUCUGGCAGCUAAACAGUUCUCAGACCAUAGCGACAGUCCACGUGGUGUUGGCAUCCAUACCCGUUUAUGUGAGAAUAGCAAAUCAAUUAGGAAAUUUUUUUAAGAAGGAGGGAAUUAACAUGGUUACGAUACAGCCGGAAUUUUGCGAGGGAUACAGUUCGUGGAAGAAGGUCGAGUGUAUAUUAAGAUGUUCGCCUGUUUAUAAUUGCGGAACGCUAACGUGUUGCGGACACUUGUUAAGAAAUAAAGUUAAUUCCAAUAAACAGUCUGCCCCGCCGAUGACGCAGGUUUUCACCAUAAACAAUGUGGAAGAGUUAUCCAAAGACAGUUACGACAUCCCGAAAUUAGACAUAUCGGAUCUUCAGUCGGCAAUUUUCUGAUAUUUGGUGUGUGUUAUGUAAUUUAAAUUUUGUUCGAAUGUUCGGAAAUAUUAAAAAUUACGAGUAUAUUUUA